GACUUCAGUUUGGAUCCCUUCAGCUGGGACUUUGUGGGAAAGAAUGUGACGUUCAUGGCGAUAGAGGGGUUUGUCUAUUUCAUCCUGAACGUUCUGAUACAGUACCGAUUCUUCCUGGAUCACUGGAUGUCAGAUUUUAAGAAGGCGCCAAUAACUGAUGAAGAUGUGGAUGUGGCCAAAGAGAGAGAGAAGGUUUACAAAGGAGGAAGCUCUAGUGACAUCCUCCAGAUAAAAGACUUAUCAAAGACGUAUACUGGAACAAUUAGGCCAGCGGUGGACAGGAUAUGUGUAGGAGUGUCACCAGGAGAGUGCUUUGGACUUCUGGGUGUGAAUGGUGCUGGGAAAACUACCACAUUCAAAAUGCUGACAGGAGACAUAGAUGUCACUUCAGGGGAAGCGGUUGUGACUGGUUACAGCAUUCUUACCAACAUUCUGGACGUGCACCAGAACAUGGGCUACUGCCCUCAGUUUGGUGCCAUAGAUGAUCUUCUAACAGGAAGAGAACAUCUGCACUUAUACGCUCGGCUCAGAGGUGUCCCGGAAUCCGAGAUCAGCAGAGUGGCUGAAUGGGGAAUUCAGAAACUGGGUUUAUUUGAGUAUGCAGGCUGCACUGCCGGCACAUACAGUGAUGGAAACAAUGAUUGACUGUCCAGCUCUUCUGCUCCUGGAUGAGCCAACCACAGGAAUGGAUCCUCACUCUCGGAGGUUCCUCUGGAACUCCAUCAUGAGUGUGAUUCAGGGUGGCAGGCCGGUGGUCCUUACAUCACACAGGCAAGAACUUGUCAACACACAUGCAUUUUUAUAUACUGCUAAAUUAUAAAUACUAUAAACGAACCUAUUGAAGCCUAUUUUCACCAUGGAAUAAAAUAGAUGGU